AUGGAAUGGAAACGAGUGUUGAAGAGUAAAGUGCAUGAACUUGCUUUUCCAAAUACAAGUUCAAUGUGUCCACCACCUGAAAAAGUCAAAACCAAAGGACGAGUGAAGAAGAGUAAGGGUAAGAAGUCGGAUGAAUAUGAUAUAUAUCGAGACCCUUCUUACUUUGAGCAUGUUAAUGCAACAUAUUGUAAAGAUCUUGGUUCCCAACUAUCUCAGUCAUCAAAGAAGAGACAACCAUACAUUGAUGAAAUAUUUGAUGUGGCAGCGGAUGGAAAUUGUGGUUUUCGCGCUAUUGCAUUAUUGCUUGGACACGGUGAAGAGUGUUGGUAUAUGGUCCGCAAUAGUUUGGACCAGAAGAUUGCUUCUCAUGUAACUCCAUAUGAUAGACUGUUCACAAGACUCAUUAGAGAAGUAAGAGAUCCGUUGAAAAUAUCCGGCUUAGGUCUUCAGCCCAUGAAUAAAUGGUUGUCCAUACCUGAUAUGAGUUACGUGAUAGCGACAACAUAUAAUAUUAUUCUUGUCACGUUUGGUCAAACAUUUUCAAUGACUUUCUUUCCUAUGAGGGGUUCACAUUCAGGAUCGACAAAAAAUGAUCGCAUUUGUUGUAUUCGUUUUGUUAAUAGAAAUCACUGGGUUCUGUUAAAGAUGAAAGAGGGAUUUCCAAUGCCAGAAAUUGCACCAGGUUGGAAGCAAUAUCGCAUCGAUGAAGCAACUUCUUGGGCAAUAGCAUAUACAGGGCGUCUACAACACUGGGGGAUAGGUGGCGGCUAUGAACUAGAAGCAUAUGCACUGGUGGACGGUACACUAUAA